AUGUUGAAAAAGCUCCUUUUCUACUGCAAAUUAAUGCGUUUUGCAUUAUCUUUGGGCUUAGAACGAGUGGGAUUUCUGGUCUUGGCUCGGAUUCAUCGUCUCACGUACAAAGCAGUUCCCAACCCCAAGAAUGUUGUGGUCGUGGGAGGUUCUUUUGCUGGCUUCUUCCUGGCAAAAGAACUGGCAGAUUCGCUUCCUACUGGCUACCGAGUCAUAGUAAUCGAGAAGCAUUCACAUUACUACUUUACUUGGAAUUUCCCCAGAGUUACUGUCGUCGAAGGUCAUACGCAAAAUGCAUUCGUUCCCUACCCAGACGAGUCCUUGGUGCAACCCGCCGGAGUGUACUCCUUCCGCCAAGGAGAAGUUGUCGACAUUGGAGAUGGCCAAGUGACACUGGCCGAUGGGACUAUCAUCCCUUUCGAAUUCCUUGCCAUAGCGACUGGCUCGAACGCACGGUAUCCAGCCGAGAUGGACGCCGACAACAAGUUUGACUGCAUAGCUUUCUUCGAGAAGCAGCAACAACGUAUAAAAGCCGCAGAUCACAUCGUCAUCGUCGGUGCAGGUGCCGCCGGAGUCGAGGUGGCCGGGGACAUCAUGACCACGUACAAGAACAAGAAAGUCACCUUGGUACACUCGCGACAGCAAUUGCUGAAUAAAUUUGGAAACGAACUACACAACGUGGCGAAGAAGGGGCUGGAGGAUUUAGGUGUUGAGUUGGUCCUAGGAGAUCGUGUAGUUGCCGGGCUGGAUAGCGAUGGUCCCGCCGAAAUCCGACUACAGAGUGGGAAAGUCCUCCAGGCCGACAUGUUGAUCAGAAGCACGGGGCAACACCCAGAGUCAACUCUCGUCAAAAAGGCCUUCCCGUCCGCAAUCUCGCCUUCUGGAAAUAUCCUGGUUGAGAAGACCCUGCAGAUCAAGGGUUGCCCCCCUAACAUUUUCGCCUGUGGUGAUGUGAUUGACCUGCCUGGCCCGAGACUGGGCAGAGCCGCCACAUAUCAAGGAAUGUUCGUUGGUGACAACAUUGUAAGGUCGAUCAAGGGGAAACCAUUAAAAGAAUAUAAGCCAGGAAUGAUUGACGCGUCAAUCGACUUGACAUUAGGCGUGGGAAACAAUGUGACGUACAUCAACGAUGCGGGUGACGAGAUGACCUUUCCCACAAAAAUGCCCGAUGUCAACCUGCAUGCAGCCCAAGCCUGGAAGGUCAUGUAUGCCAAACCGUUUGAAGAUCCAGGAUACACGCCAAAGAAGGUCGCGGAGUUGGCUGAUGUUUGA